GCCACUACGGUUGCCAGUGCGGAGCCGGCAAAAACAGCAAGGCCCCGUCGUACGAAAGUGGCCAUUGCCUCGAUACUCUCUUCAUCGUCAGCGGAAGAGAAGAAAAGUGUGCCACAGGCAUCGCAACGCAGCGCUAAGGCCUUAAAGAAGUCUGUGAAGAAGAAGGAAGUGCCAAAGCCCCAAGGCGGUGAUGAUGGCACCAAUGGCGGUGGUAAUGAUGCGCAUGAUGAUGAUAAUAACAACAACAAUAAUACUGAUAAUGGUGAUGAAGAGGAUGAUGAUGAUGAUGAUGAUGAUGAUGAUGAUAGUGUCGAGAUCUUAGAACAAUCACCCAUGGCUGACAAAGGUGAUGAGGUUGAGGCUCCCAAGGAAAAGCCGAAAGCUGCGCCACGGAAGAAGAGCACCAAAUCAUCCCAGCAGACAAUCAAGCUAAUACGCACCGUCAACGAUGUCCCUGCGAAUCCAAAGAAAAAGACGAUGCAACCAAGCAUCAUCAACCUCAUGAACCUUGAUGACGAUGUUCCAACGGCAAAGACCGCUGUGAAGUCCAUGUCUUCUACAGCUGAUACCACAAAUGCUGUUGAUACUACAACAGCUGUUGAAUCAGAAGCUGCAAAUACCAGCGCAGCGGAAACGCUCCCACAAUCCAAUGCAGAGGUACCAGCAACUGCUACAACCGCAACGCCAUCUUCCACGAAGGAUAAGCCCAAAGUUCAGAGGAAAAGGAAGCCUGCUGACCCCAACACCAAGAAGAAAGUGACAAAGAAGACCACCACCUCAACCUCAGUCACGCCUUCUGUGGAUAAGCCUGAGCCCGAGAAGCCGGUGCUCUCUUUUAACGAACUGCAAAAUCAAUCUUUGAAGAAGCCUAAUCCGUCAUCCUCUUUACCUCCGCCGCAGAUGGUGGACACCACGACGAAGCCGACAUCGAAGGAAGAACCAAUAGUGGCAAUCCAUGUGCCACUGUUCUCUAAAGACGAAUCGCUUGGAUCCACCCAGGUGGUGUUCAACGUUAUGAAGAUGUGUGAGGAUAAGUACGGAUGGAAGGCAAUUCAUCCAAAUGCCUCAAAGUUCGACAUGGAUCUGUACAACGACGAUGAAUUGGAUGAAGACGAUGACAACGAUGCAAUGGAUGACGAUCAAGAACAGCAUGAAGAGGUGCCAAAGGUACCUGUCAAGAUUGACAAGAGAAGAUUACAAAAGGGUAAGCCCAAGAUUGGUCAAUAUGACUACGAGGAUCCCUUUAUUGAUGAUUCUGAAACGCUUUGGGAAGAGCAGAGAGCAUCUACAAAAGAUGGGUUCUUUGUAUACUGGGGUCCAUUGGUUGAGGAAGGUAAAAACGCUGUCAUUGAGAGGGCAGAUGGGACAGUUAAAAGAACAAGAAAACGUGUUGCCGGUACGACUAAUAAUGCUGGAACGUCGCGUAAAAGGCAGGCAACUAACAAACAAGCAGUACAAAUUGCACCAGCACCAUCACAAUCAACGUCAACAACUAAAGCAUCGGCAAGUAAAGCAUCAUCAGCUACUCCUGCUCCGGUGGAACAUACCACACAGGACGGAGAGCCCGCCACCACGUCGUCAUAGACGGCUUCAUGAUUGUACAUAAACCACUUUUAAUGGAAAACUGUGUAUUAACUCCUACUUACAAUGAUGUGUUACUGCUGUCUAAAAACUUGUUUAACAAGUCACAAGCCAUAGAGGCGAACUCCAAAUUGGCAGCGUCAUCGUCGAGUUCUGUAGAUGGUGCCUUUGCUAAUUUGUCUUCAGUGAGGACCACGAUCUCUUUGAUCUUGUUCUUUGGGAAUUGAUCCUUAACACCCACCAAAAAGUUCAAAUAUCCCAAAA